AUGAACGCCAUAUCAAACGCCGGUAUUACACUAAACCCGGAUAAGUGCACGUUCGGAGUACCAGAAAUCGGAUUCUGGGGCCUACGUAUUGGAUCAGACGGCGUACGACCCGAUCCUGCCAAAGUUGAAGCUCUUGACCAUAUGACACCACCACAAUCCAAGGAAGAGUUGACCAGUUUCCUGUGUAUGAUGCAGUCUAACUCAGAUUUCAUCCCCAACUUCGCUCAGUUAGCGGCUAAACUGAGAGAAUUAACGAAGAAACACGCCAGAUUCGUGUGGAACACAGAAUACCAAACAGCCUACGAAGUCCUGAUUGCGAGAUUCAAGCAAAACACGCUGCUUCAAUACUUCGAGAUGAGUACACAAACGUUUCUAUUUACGGAUGCACACCAGACAGGGCUCGGGGCGAUGUUAGCACAAGGAGACAGCAUCGAGAACGCACGACCAGUGGCGAUAGCAUCGAGAACGACCAACGCAGCAGAGCAAAGAUAUCCGCAAAUUGACUUGGAGGCACUCGCAAUCGAUUUUGCUUUGAGAAGAUUUCGACAGUAUAUCGUGGGUUCCCCUACCAAGAUCCAAGUGAUAACGGAUCACCAACCUCUCUGCUCGAUUUUCAAUGGAAAACGCCAAGGGUCCAUCCGAACUGAAAGAAUCAAGCUCCGCCACCAAGACAUACGUUUUACCGUGACAUAUCAGCGUGGGAAAAUCAACCAAUCCGACUACCUCUCACGACAUGCAAAACCCAUUGAGAAGCUGACGCGCGAGGAACGGCAAGAAGCCGAUGACCUCAACAACCUACU